UUUGAACAUGAUAAAGUCCCAAGAAAUGUCAGAUUCACGUUAUUCUUUCACAAAGUGAUACACAUGUUUAAUCAUAAAUUAUACAACAGAAGAUGAUGGUUAACAGUCUUAUGAAUAAUUUUAUCUAAUUGCAGAAAAGACUAAGACAUGAGUUCUCUCCUGUUGGGUAGCUGGUCCUUCACAUUUGGUGGUUCAUGUGAUGAAGAGGCUGCCUGUGACAAGAGUCUAAAGCUUGCCUUGAGAGCAAUAUGGUCUGAUGACCAGUAAGGAGAAGGAAGAGCCUUACCCAGGCUUUCCUUACUGGGAAGUUCUAAUAAGCUUUCAACUUUGAGCCUGUCAGCUGUGGAGAAACAGAAACACAGGCUUAGACCAAUAGCAAUGGCCCAGUAAAGUUUCUAAAGAAACAGUUUUUUCAUAGCCAAACUAUUAUGGUUAAUAGAGGAAUCUAAGUCAC